AUGCCAUCAUCUACUAAACAAAAAAAAACAAAAGAAGAAUUAUUAGCAGAUUUUGAAAAUGAAUUGGUAAGAUUUGAAGCCAUGGCUAUAAAAAUAGAUGGAUAUGAUGAACCAUUAAUAUUUUCAAGAGAUAUGGAACCAAUGCCACAAAGAUUACAUUUUAUAAUACCUGAAUAUUCAACAUAUCACUUAUCAAUAAGGUAUAAAGUAUUAAAAAGACCUUUAAGAAGUUUAACUUAUCAUCAAACCGUUAAAAAAUCAGGUAUAAUUGUUGAUCUGAGAGAUUUACAUAUGAUUGAAGAUGCUAAAAUUAAUAAUCAUUUAGAUAAUGGUGAUUUUCAUGAAAUCACAUUUCCACCUGGUGGAGUUCCAGGUGGUACUUUUUUAAGAGGAGAUUAUCCUGCAAAAUCAACAAUAAAAGAAAAUGGAGAAACUAUAUGGAGUUAUAAAUGGACAUUACAAAUUUCCAAAAAACAUGAUACACCAGCUGUUGGAGGAUUUGAUUAG